GCGAGUAAAUGAUGGUAGCAAAAGAGAUUGAUGAAUUCGUUGAUUCAAGUGAAAAAUUUCAUAAAAUUGUGGACGCGAAGAAAUCACGUUAAAGGCAAGAGCACAAUUGUGCUUCAAUUCGGUUUUAAACAUCAUUCCAAGACGCGCAAAUAGCCAGAGUGUCUUUAAGCAAUUCCCAUAUUCCCCCCCACAAAUUUGUCGUGGUCGGGUCAGCCAACGCUCGAGCGUCGUUCCGCGGAAAAUUGUAAAAUCAUAAUUAUCCGAAAGAUAAAUUAUUAGAAAGCGCGUGGUAAAUAAUAAAUAUGCGCAAGCGUAAAUUUUAUCAAAGCUAAACGAAUGCGAACAAGCGCAGACACCAAAAACAAAGGCAGAAACAAGAAAUUGCAGCCGUGGCAUUGUGUACAACCGGACCGGAACAGGACCCCCCUCCAACCGGCGCUGAACUAUCAGCAUAACAUGGAUGUACAAGUCAAGCAUAGAGAUUAGCCGAAUCCUUUGAAUUUUAAAUUCAAAAUCAUAAUUUAAUUUAGCCUAGUAGCGUAGCCUAGUCUAGCCCCAGAAAUUGUGGUUCCAAGCCACAGAACGCGUAAAAGAAAAGCACAGAAAAAAGCACAUUGAAUCCUAAAGCUACGAACGAGAACCCCAAAACCGAAAACCAAACCCAAGGCCUAAUCAUGACUACGGAUACCCGCCGACGCGUCAAGUUGUACGCACUGAAUGCGGAGCGGCAGUGGGACGAUCGUGGCACGGGGCAUGUCUCCUCGACAUACGUCGACCGAUUGAAAGGUAUUUCACUACUGGUGCGCGCCGAAUCGGAUGGAUCGCUGCUGUUGGAGAGCAAAAUACAACCCGAUACCGCAUACCAAAAACAGCAGGACACGUUGAUUGUCUGGUCCGAAGGCGAUAAUUUUGAUCUGGCUCUGAGCUUUCAGGAAAAAGCUGGUUGUGACGAGAUUUGGGAGAAGAUAUGUCAGGUCCAGGGCAAGGAUCCUUCGGUGGAGAUUACACAGGAUAUUGUGGAGGAGUCGGAGGACGAACGCUUCGAAGACAUGUCGGACACUGCACCACCCAUCGAGUUGCCUCCGUGCGAGCUGUCACGGCUCGAGGACAUAUCGGAGACAAUCCAGAGCUGUCUAUCCACGCCGUUGCGCAAGGAGAAGCUGUCGAUGGCCCUGGAAUCGGAGAACUACAUUAAGAAGCUUCUGAAUCUGUUCCAUGUGUGCGAGGAUCUCGAUAACACCGAGGGGCUGCAUCAUCUGUUCGAAAUAUUCAAGAACAUCUUCUUGCUGAACAAGAAUGCCCUGUUCGAGAUUAUGUUCGCCGAUGACACCAUCUUCGAUGUGGUCGGGUGCCUCGAGUACGAUCCCAGUGUGGCCCAGCCGAAGAAGCAUCGCCAGUACUUGAAGAAUUGGGCAAAGUUCCGUGAGGCUGUUCCCAUCAAAAACCCGGAUUUGCUAGCCAAAAUCCAUCAGACGUUUCGUGUGCAGUACAUACAGGACAUCAUUCUACCCACGCCGUCGGUUUUCGUCGAGGACAACAUGCUGAACACGCUCUCCAGCUUUAUAUUCUUCAACAAGGUGGAGAUUGUCACAAUGAUCCAGGACGACGAGCGGUUCCUGCUCGACCUUUUUGCAGUGCUCACGGAUCCAACCACUGGCGACACAAAGCGCCGCGACACGGUCCUAUUUUUGAAGGAGUUCUGCAACUUUGCCCAAAACUUGCAGCCCCAGGGCAAGGACUCGUUCUACAAGACGCUCACCUGCCUGGGCAUAUUGCAGGCGCUAGAACUGACGCUGGUCAUGAACGAAAAGAAAACCAAGUCGGCCUCCAUCGACAUACUCACGGCAAUUGUGGAGUUCUCGCCGCUGGUUGUGCGCAACUACACUCUGAAUCAGGUCAAUCGGCCGGAGGGCGAGCGUAUGCUACUGAACAUUGCCAUCGAACAAAUGUUGAACGACUCGGAGCCGGAGCUGGGGAUUGCGGUGCAGUUGAUGGGGAUCGUUAAGAUCCUGCUGGAGCCGGAGAACAUGCUCACCGAGAAGGGGGAUUUUCUCAAUUUCUUCUACAAAUACAGUGUUCAGACUUUAGUUGCUCCGCUGAUUGUGAACACGCUGGGUGACCGUCCGCAAAACGAAGAUUAUCAGACUGCACAGCUGCUUGGCAUUGUUUUGGACAUACUGUCGUUCUGCGUUGAGCAUCAUAGCUACCACAUUAAGAAUUUCUUAUUGCAAAAGGAUCUCCUCAAGAAAAUUCUGGUGCUGAUGAAGAGCUCACACACGUUCCUUGUACUCGGCGCCCUGCGACUGCUGCGCAAGAUAAUUGCACUCAAAGAUGAGUUCUACAACAGACACAUUGUCAAGUGCAAUCUAUUUGCGCCGGUUGUGGAUGCCUUUAUUCGUAACAAUGGCCGCUACAAUCUGUUGGAGUCGGCCAUCCUGGAGUUGUUUGAGUUUAUAAAACUCGAGGAUAUCCGCACAUUGUGCGUUUAUUUCGUGGAGAACUUUAGCAAGAUAUUUGAUGAAAUCGAAUAUGUGCAGACAUUCAAAUAUUUAAAGAAUCGCUACGAUCAGUACCAGGAUCGGCUCAAGGAUCGCGACAAGAUGGAAAACCGUACAGAUGGUGGCCUGCCGAUCAUACGCAGUGGUGGACGGUUUCGUCGGGAUCAGCGUCAAAUGGAAGAGGAGGAAGAGAUGUGGUUCAAUGAAGAGGAUGAUUUCACUGAAGAAAUCGAUACAUACAACAAUGUCAUCAAAUCCGUCAGCGAAAAGAACGGCCCGCAAAACCAAUCACCGCAGCAGAAGUCUUCUCCGCCGCACAGUACGUCACCCCACAGCGGUUUACUGGGUAAUCUGAAUUCCACAGCGACAGCCACUGCCACUGCCACAGCAACAGCCACUGCCACUGCCACAUCUGUAUCGGCAGCAGUUGCUCCCGUGGCCAGUGGAAGCAGCAGCCCAGAGGCGGGCAUUGUCGAUGAGCAGGCCCAGGCUACAGUACAUCUGGCCGCGGCUGCCAACAUUGCACUGCAGCAUCACCAACAGCAGCAGCAGCAACAGCAGCAGCAGCAGCAACAACAGCAGCAGCAGAACCCAUUCCAGCAACAGCAGACACAGCCUGAGAUCGCAGAACUGCACCAGCAGCUGAGCGGUGUGGAGACGCCGCAGAAUCAAGAGUUGGUGCUUUCGCCGUCGCCCACAGAAAACGCCUCUUCAUCAUCAUCAUCGUCGUCAUCAUCAUCAUCGCUUGAAGCGUCCACGUCAUCUUCGGCGUCAUCGUCCUCGUCCUCAUCGUCACUGCCGAGUACGUCGGCAGCUGCUUCUCAUUGCGAUUCGGCGACAGUAGCUCAGGUGGUGGCCAGUCAGUUUUUAACGAUCGCGAUCGCAGCGUCCGUGACAGCGGCAGCUACAUCGGCUGCCCCCAAUCUGGCUCCAGCACCAACUGUGGCCGAUCCCGACAUUGAGCCCGCCGACUCACAGCCGACUCCCGGCACCACAAGCGAGCUCGAUGGACUUCUCGGCCAGACUGUGACGGAGAAGGAUUUGGUAGCGUCCAGCAUCGACGACAGCACGGACUCUGCGAGCAGCGAAACGGACAAGUCGACGACCAAGAAGGGCCUGGUCGAUUAUGAGAGCGACUCCGGGGAGGAUGAUGACGACGAGGACGAGGACGACUCUGAUGGGCCACAAGCACAAAAGCGCGCGCGUCUGGCAUAGUUGACAGAUGCGGAGCAGCAGGGCGGCAUCAAUUAUAAAUUAGUACACACAUAACCCACACUUACACACCCACACUAACACACACACACAAACCAAUACCAACACCAACACCAACGAACGGAACGUGGGGAAGGAGGAGCCGACCAGAAGGACUUCGAUUAUCGGUGGUCAGCCAGCUUGGUAAUGCAUUUUGCAGCAACUACAGGCACAGUAGACCGCAGACAGCUAGCGGACGGGAGACGGGAGAUAGCGGUACGAUGUAAGAUCGAACAAGAAAACAUAAAGUUAAAUUUUAGCAUAAAAAUUUAUUUUAAAGGAAAGCGAACACCUAAAAGUAAAACAAGAAAUUAUAAAUCUUACUUUACUAAAUUAAUAACGAAACAAGCAUAUAUAUAUCUAUAUAUAUAUAGAUAUGAAUAUGUAUAUACAUAUAUAUUCAAAUAUAUAUGCAUAUGAAAAUACAAUUAACUAUGUAUGUGUGUCCAGCCGCACAUAGCCGAUCACCGAUCAGCGAUCAGAGGCAUCCUACAGAAAUGUGCUACGUGCUCUGUUGUGUGCGUUUUGUUUGAAAAAAGUUGGAAAAGCAUUAACGAAGAAACCAAAAUAAACAUGUAUUUAGUAGUAAAACAGAGACACUUGCAACACACACGUACACACACACACAAACACAUGUGCGCGCAACGCAGGAAGAGAGGGAAGAAGAAGGAUAAUGAAUAAUGAGUGGCUAGAAUAGAACAGAUCCUUUAACAGAUCCUGUGAAGUUGGCUGGUGGCAGGAAUGUUGUGGAGAAAUCUAAAAUUUUGUGCAAUAUUUGGAUAAUAUUUUUUGUGGUAUUUUAAAGACAAUUGCCCUAUAGUAUUUUUCCUAUAUCGUAGUUAUAUUUUAAGAGUUGAUUUCCAUUAUCAUCUAACCUAUCUAUCGGACAGGUCUGGUCUGCCUGCGAAUCGCAGUUUUAUAUUUUUGUAUAUUAAAGCGCUGUCUACCCAACAACGACACUUUCAGUAAACAAAUCAUUGGGGCAAGGUCCAGCCUCCCCCAGAGGCUGAGGCUUAUCUCACUGAAUUGUAGUACGAUGUAAUAAAGAUCUUGUAGACAGCGCUGUAAUGUUUUCAAGCAGAGUAAAAAUAUGCACAUAUAAUUGUAAAAAAGUGUUAAUUCCCAAAGCAAAGCAGAGAAAUUAAAUCUAUACAUUUAUAUAUAUAUAUAUUCCGAUUAAGACUAUACGCUUACAGCGUGCAAUUGUUUUGUAAAUACCAGCAAGAGUUCCCCCCCCCCCCCCCCCCCCCCCCCCCCCCCCCCUCCGGCCAGGCCAGCUUGACAAUUUCUGUUAAUACAUUCAGUUAGUAUCACAUCCAACAGCCCACUCUCGACCCAAUGAGCCUUGUAUAUAAUUUAGUAUGCCUCUAUAUCGAUAAUUAGACGAUAAUUGUUCUUGCACCACUCGCGACAGUAACAGUAACAGUUGCAGUUACAGUAAGACUAGAAAUUGAGGAUGGUUUCGUGCAGAUUGAAAGAUGGAAUUGUCUAGAAACAAUCUCUCGCUUUUGUUGGAAUCCGUGUAGAAGGAAAGAAGGAGCGUUGUCUGACUGUGUAAUUAAUCAAUUGUUGCGUUACUUUUGAACCAUUAUCGAACCACACACACACACACACGCAAACACACAUCAUUGUAAGCAAGAAUAAGUAACUAAUUAUAAUGAUUACAAAUAGAACGUAAAUUAUAAAAGUGGGGGGAAACAAACCAACAAACAAACAAACAAACAACAAAUAACAAUAAAAAUACAAAUAAAAUAGUCUUCUUACGUUUUCCAUGUAAGUUUCUUCAUAUUAAAUAUAGCAUAAAACAUAAUUUGUAUUAAACGAAUGUAGAGGGAGGCGGCACAUACCGGAGUCACAGCCCUAGCCCCAGCCCCAGCCUCAGCCUCGGUCCCGAUCCUGAUUCACCCACAUCCGGAAAAAAAACAAAAAAAAAAACCAUAUCCCCAGACACUGACUGACGUUUCGUCCUUGAUCGCCAGAAGUAAUAAAGUUAUUUGUUAAUAAUCGUA